AUGAUACUCGACGGUGAGGAGGCCACUUCCACCGAGAGUAUAAGCGAUCUAUUUCGUCGCCAGUUCAGCAGCGUAUUUACCAACGAAGCAGUAGAGGAAACGCAUAUUGCUAAGGCUGCUAGCAACGUUUCACUGCGACCUCCCAUUGGACCUCACCCGGUGGUCACUUCCGAGUCCAUCCGUCGUGCCUGCGCCUCUCUCAAAGGUUCUACCAGCUGCGGUCCUGACGUCAUCCCAGCGUUUGUGCUCAAAAAGUGUUGUGAUGCACUCGCGGAACCACUGUCUCAACUUUUCAACAUCUCGCUUGCUACUGGAGUUUUCCCGUGUUGCUGGAAGAAGUCUUACGUGUUCCCAGUUCACAAGAAGGGCCCCAAACGUGAUGUCCGGAACUAUCGUGGAAUUGCUGCCCUCUGCGCAGUUAGCAAGCUGUUCGAAGUUAUCGUGCUGGAUUUUAUCAAGUUCAACUGCUGUGACCAUGUCGCCCAGGAACAACACGGCUUCAUGGCGAAACGUUCCACUAACUCCAACUUGGUCUCUUACUCGCCCUUCAUUCUACGAACCAUGCAGCAACGGAAGCAGAUCGAUGCCAUCUAUACGGACCUAUCAGCGGCCUUCGACAAGCUGAACCACCGUAUCGCCGUUGCUAAACUGGAACGACUAAUCUUCGGCGGGCCCAUGCUUGAUUGGCUUCGCUCCUAUCUCACUGGACGUGAAAUGAGCGUCAAAAUCGGUGACGUGAUUUCCGCUGUUUUUCUGUUUUUCAAGCGCUGUCACAAACUGUCGUAUGCGGAUGACAUCAAGCUGUUCGUCGUUGUCGAGAAUGAUACCGACUGCCAGAUUCUUCAGGAGCAGCUCAACCGGUUCGCCAACUGGUGCUCCGACAACAGGAUGGUUCUGAACGCUUCCAAGUGCUCGGUCAUCUCUUUCACACGCAAGCGCAAUACCAUUUCCUUUGACUACACACUUUCAAACACCACCAUACCCAGGACCUCUUGUGUGAAAGAUUUAGGUGUGAUGCUGGAUAGCAAAAUGACGUUUACUGACCACAUCACGUAUACAGUCUCCAAGGCUUCCAAAACUCUUGGCUUCAUCUUCAGAAUAGCUAAAAACUUCCGGGAUUUAGGUUGUCUCAAAGCUCUUUAUUGUUCGUUGAAACAGUGCAACGGAAGUUCGUUAAGUACGCGCAACGUCAUAUUAUCUGGCCUGAUCCCGCCAAUCCGCCGAGUUACCCAGAGCGCUGUAAAAUGCUUAAUCUCGAACUUCUUACAGUAA